AUGUUUAACGACUGCUGGGGUCUCACGUUGGAUCGCGUUUUAUUGUACUUGACUCUGCCUGUGUUACCGCAUGGGCAGCUCUACACCAGCAUGUCCCGGCUCCGCUCUGCUGUACAUAUCCGUAUCCUGCGAGACUCAGACUCGAUGGACCACAACACUCCCAAUGUCCCACCGAUAUUAGUGCCGCACCCCCCCGCCUUCGGCUAG